UUUAUUUUUUUCCCUCUAGCAUUUGUUGCCUAUUUGUUUGCUUAUUUAUUUAUUUAUUUAUUAUUAUUAUUAUUUUUUUCUAAGGAGAUAAGGAAGGACAUAAAUUAUGUCAAAAGAAGAAAAAAUGUCAGCUUAUAAGGCUGAACCUCAUCCUUAUUAUGAUGAAGAAAUGCAUGAAAAAGAAACUCGCAUUAGAAGUCUAUAUGAAUCAUUAGAUCGACAAAUGAUACUUUCUUAUGUCAGAAAUAUCUCACCACAUAAAAAUAUAAACACAAUAGAUUAUGAAGCAUUUCGAGCUCAUAUACUAUCAAAGGAAGAAGAACUUUGGAAAGUUUUUUCAUCAAUAAAUCAAAAGGGCGAUCAUCGUUUAACUCAUGAGGAAUUACAGAUUGCUUUAAAAGAAUCCGGGAUCCAUGUUACAAAUUCAGAUAUUGACGCACUAAUUCAGUUUAUUGAUACAUCUGGCAACGGUUACAUUGAUUUUGAAAGUUGGAGAAAUUUUUUAUUAUUGUUACCCCAUGAACCAACAUUAACCGAGAUUUAUAGAUACUAUCAGAUAUCAACACAACUUAAUGCUGAUGCUGAAGCAGUUAUUCCCCAUACAGAUGAAGCAGCACGUCAUGCUUAUAAAUAUCUUACUGCUGGUGCUAUUGCAGGUUGUGUGUCUCGUACAUGUACAGCACCGUUAGAUCGCCUUAAAAUAUACCUCAUUACAAACACAAAUUAUCAGAGUUCCCGAACAACGAAUAAUGUGAAACCGGCUUCUUCAGUAUCCAUUUUAAAUGCUAUCAAGACUAUUUAUAAAAAUGGUGGCUUUCGUGGCCUCUAUGUUGGUAACGGUCUUAAUGUGAUCAAGAUUAUACCCGAGUCCGCUAUCAAAUUCUAUGUCUUUGAAACAUCUAAGGCUAUUAUGGCGCAGAUGACAGGUUCCUCUGAUAAAAAUUCGAUUCCUAUUAGUGCUAGAUUUAUUGCAGGUGGUGUUGCAGGUCUUUGUUCUCAGUUUUGUGUAUAUCCAUUAGAAACUCUCAAAACGAGAAUCAUGUCCAGUCAAUAUGAAGAAAGACAAAAAUUAAAGCAAUACCCGAUGGUGCAACAAUCAAAACGAUCUAUAGUUUCAAUGAGAACAGUAGUAAAGGAUAUGUAUAAAGCAGGAGGAGUGAGAGCGUUUUGGCCUGGUUUAUUAUUAAGUAUGAUAGGCGUGUUUCCAUAUCAAGCAUUAGAUAUGGGUGUCUAUGAGACCUUAAAGGUUUCUUAUUUGCGAUCAAUGGAUACUUAUAGAGAGAAUUCAAAUGGAAAAAAGCCAGACCCCAAUGUUAUGGUUUUAUGGAUGUGUGGUAUGGUAAGUGGAUCUAUUGGUGCAACGAGUGUUUACCCUUUAAAUAUGAUUAGAACAAGAUUACAGGCACAAGGAACACCUGCACAUCCUUACCGAUAUACUUCUGCUUGGGAUGUGGCGCGUAAAACGUAUAGAUCUAGUGGUAUUCGAGGUUUUUAUAAAGGGUUAGGACCUACUUUAAUUAAGGUUGUUCCAUCUAUUAGUAUAAGUUAUGCUGUUUAUGAAUUAUCAAAAAAAUCUCUUGGUAUUUCAUAAUAGAUAGAUAUUUUUUUCUUUUUCUUUUACUGUUAUUAGUUAUAAAUGUAUACAUAAUAUAAUACAUCUUUAUAUUUGUUUUCUUUCCCCUCCUCCCUUCCCUCCUCCACCUUAUCUUUCUGCUUUAUUUACUAUAUUUCUUUGUACAUAU